AUGGAUCCCUCAUUGAAUCCAUCACCGCCAAAGCUACAGAUCGCACAUGUUCUCGCUGAUCUUAAUAUCCUCAAGCAAGCACCACCGAGAGCUACCCUCUCCUUUUUACGCAGCCUCUCCACCGUAUCGGCCACUAUAGACGAAAGAAAAACGUCAAUUCAUUCACAACCAGCGUCGAAAUUUGAUCGCCUCGGUCGGCGUAUACCCACACCACCUUCUGUUGUCCAGUCACCGUCUCCUCCGCUCAGGAAACACUCGUCAAUGGAUUCAAUUGAUCUCCCAGAAACCGAGGAAUCCAUCCGAGAGACUCGAGAGCGUCGUCUUGAAAGAAGGAGAAGUAGUGGCAGAGACGAAGAAUUUAUGCGCGCAAAGACAUUACUAGCAUAUUAUAACAAUCGACACAAGCUCCAAGAAAAGGGUCAAAGGGGAAUGAAAAUGUCACAGGAAAGGGUCGAUAAAGCGUUGCAUGAACACGCGGAAAAGAGACAGCAGGUGAGAAAAAGAGGUUCUCUUGAAAAGCUUGGAGUGCCAGAUGCGAAUAGUUAUUUUUCGUUCAAGAGUUAG